GCUCAUUCUUUCCUGCCGCAAUGGCCGCUCAGCCGCCUCCAUUCACUGUGCCUGGCGCAAACCUGCCAUCGUUCGGCGCACCCGGUGCAGUGCGGCCUCCAGCACUCGGCGCAGCACCCGGCGGCAGUGCUCUGGGCAUGCCCAGCCUGGGCGGUGGGUUGCCAGUUCUUGGCGGGAAACCACCUGGUGCUCCAGCUCCUGCGGCUGCUCCUGCUCCUACUCCUGCCGGUCUGACUGCAGCAGCUCCGCAGCCCGCCGCAACACUUGCCAAAGCGCCCGUGCUUCCUGCUGGUGCAGCAGCACCAGCAGUUGCACAGGCAGCACCAGCACCAACGGCAAUCUCCAAGCCAGUCGCAGCCGCAGCAGCCGCAGCAGCAGCGCCCGCAACGCAGCCCGCGCUCACUCCGCAACAGCAGCAACAGCAUCAACGCGAUCUGCUACUUCGGCAGUACGACGAAUCGCCGCGAAAGCUGUACGAAACGCUGUCCGAAUGCCAGGUGGAGCACGAUGUGAUUGAACAGCUGCUCGAGCGAAACCACCAAAAGCUACUGCUGGGCCUGUUCUCGUUCAAGCCGAGCUCGCAGCAGUCCGACGACAAGCUGAAAGCACUCAACCCCCCAGCGAAAAUCCCGCUCGCCACGGGACGCGAGGUCACGGUCGAUCUGCAGUUGAAGGCGCUGGCUUUGAAGCUCACCAAAGUGCUUGCGCUCGAUGCGUUCCAGGCGUACGACGUUGCAUUUCGCUUUCUCAAGCAGGAGGUGCGUGGGACUUACUCAAACAAGCGUCUCACACCGAGCGAGCAGACGUUGGAUCAAAUCCUCGACUUUCACUUGGAAGACGACCGCAUCUCGUUGCUCGAGUGUGUGGGCUUGGUGCUGCGCAACGUUGACGACGAGUCGCAUCCCUACCACGAGCAGUUUGCAGCCGAGGUGCAGCGCAUGUUUUCGGCACCGGUUCCAUCGGUCGUUUCGGCUGCCUCAUCCUCCUCCACCUCCUCCUCUUCGUCCACUGCCGUCACACCCGGCUCGAACGCGUUAAUCGAAUCUGUUAUUGCGCAGAUUGUCAAGUUAGCCACCACCGAAGCUCCCAAACACGAAGGUGAGAAUGCAAAUGCCACCAAGCGCCAAGCAGCGCGGUGGGCGGUGCAACAGCUCCGCGAGCAAGCAGCGCUGCUGGAUGUUGUCUUUUUCGUGUACUACGCGCGUGUGACGUGCACGGCGCCCAUGGCCCAUCGGUUGCUCGACCUCUUCCAACAACACUUAAACUCGGGUUCGAGCAGCAUCAACUCGUCGCUUUUGCAGUUUGCAGACGGAGCUGGUUCUCGGCAGCAACAGCAGCAGCAGCAGCAGCAACAACAGCAACAACAACAACAACAACAACAACAACAACAGCAACAGCAAACAUCUGCUGCUGCUUCUUCUUCUCAGCCGCAAACUGCCACGUCUUCUAGCCAGCUGAGCGCUGCGGCUUCGGCCAUCACCACCCGCUCUGCCAAAGAGCAUGCCGCGCAUAUUUCUCACCUCUGCAGCAUUAUUUCCAUUGAAAUUCUGAGCCUGGAGUCGCUGCUCUUCGAGUUGGACGACCUAUCGCUCGACGAGCGCACCCAGCGGGUGGCCGAGCACGGGAUGGUCGGAAAUGUCAAGGAGCGCGGCCUUCUCGAAGGCAAACUCGACUCGUGGCUUGUUGGCCAAGCUGUGACUCCCGUGCGGCAUGGAUUCCCAGCACAGCAGCAGGCCCAGCGGGCGGCCGAGCCCAUUGUGUCGCCGUACUCGGCGACCGUGUUGCUGGCGUGGGCCUCGUUGCGUUGCUGGGCCAACCAGCUCCAAAACAAUACCACAAUGGACCCCUCGUUUGGCGACUUUUGUGCCGCAGCCUUCCGCUCGAACGCUUUGCAGUACCUGGAUGACAUGUUGCGUUCACCGCUGAUUCGCGAUUCACCCUCCAUUGUGGGUUACAAGAGCGUGUUGAACGGCUUGGUCUCGACCAUUCUCGCUGCGUUCGACGUUGCACAUUUGCCAGGCUACCAUCUGCUCGUGAGCAUUUCCGCGGCCAUUUACAACGGCCAGCCUGCGCUCUGCCAGCAGUUCUGGAACGAAUCCUUCCACUCACCCUCGCUGCGAUCAUUGCUGGACUUGACUCGCGCGCGCUUCCCUGCACACUUUGGUCCGUUUGCACGUUUGAGCACCUCCCUGGCCGCGGAUGCCAACACGGCCGCGCACGUGUUUCGUUACUUGACCCAUCUUCCGGCUCUUACUGUGCACAUGUCGCAGCAGGAGCUCGAAGACAACUUUGUCGAAGAGCUGGACGAGGCCAACACUCGUCGCGCACUGCAGCAUCUCGCCGUUACUGCCGAACGGCAUCACGAAACGCUUGUCCAGCGAGCGCACGCAACCAGCGGGCUCGCUGCUCGUCAAGUGUUGAAUUCUGGCGACGACGUUGUUUUGGCGCAGUCUGCCAUGGUGUACUCGGUCACCGCUGCCGCGCAGGCUGCCGGAAACAAUCUUCCCAGCGUGCUUGUGGCCACGCGCGACAUUGAACUGGCGCCUCUGGCCUCGUCAGAAGCGCCCGGCGGGGAGACCAACAGCACCCGAUUGUUUGAGAGCGUGUCUGCAACCCAGGCGACACCCUCUGCGCGGUACGGAAUUGUGAUUCCUCAUGGUACGCUGGCACUGGCUGUCGCCCGCGGUGACUCUGCCGAAGAUUCGUCCAUUACUGUACAAUGGCUGCACUCGUUCUCCGUUUGGCAUCUUUUCUUGACGCACAUGCAAAACCAGCAACUGGUCGCGUUGCUCGAGCUUCUUGCCGAUCUGCUUCACCACGAUGCUUCACUGGGUCCCGCGCUUGAGGCGCACGUCCUCGCAACCUGCCGUCAAGUCGAUGCUCAGGUGGCCCAGCGACGGAGUGACGCACCACACCAGCAGGCGGCCGAGUCGUCGAGUGUUGCUGCAGCCAUUCAAGGCGCCAAGGGCAACUUGCUGGUGACAUCGCGCUUGUUCCAGCUCUUGCAUCGCUGGAUGGUCUCCCGCGACCCUCCUGCCGGCUUGAUCACGGCCACCCUGCGCUGCAUCCACGGCCUCGCCAAGAGUUUCCCUCAUCAGGUGUUUGUGCAUUUGCAGCAAAUUGGCCUGCUGCCGCACAUGGCGCUCGCCUCCUUGGAAGCGCCUCUGAUGGCAAACGUCGUGCUCGCCAACUCUGCCGCCUCUCAAUCCAUGAUGCUCGACAUUUCAAGUGGCAGUCUGGCACAAGCGGUUGUUGCGGGACGGGGCGGCAGCGGCAGUGGCAGUGCUUCUGCAGCUGGCUACGUGCGCCAGCUGCUUCACGACAUGGAGUGCACCACCGGACGCUAUUCCAUCACAUUUGCGUUCUUGGCUCUGACACACACCCUCGUUCGCCACGCUCAGCGCUACCAGAGUCCUGGCAACGCCAACGAGCGCCGCAGGCCGCGAUAUCUGAUGGACACGUCGGGCACCUCGACCACGCCUCACACUCUCGGCUCACUGAAGGGAGAUCGCUCUGCGGCAUCAAAGCCGUCGCGGAGGGACGCGUCUGGCCUUGAGCUUACAACUGACGACGCGCUGCUUGUCGAUCUGGAGGCAGUCACCGCAAAGAUGCGGGCAGCGAUUCUGACUGGGGCAUUGUCCGACCCCAUCAACCCCAGCGAUUUGCUUUCUUGCCUUGCGUUUGCCCAAAAUGACGUAUUUGCCGGGCACAUCAGCUGGCGAUACGCGCGAGUGCUCGACCGGUACGAGCUUGGCUCGCGCGUUCUCGAGCUCUUCCUCGAAGUUUUGCACGACACGAUGCCUGUUGUUUCGUCUGCUGCCGCAGGUGGAGCAGCUUCCAACGCGCCUUGGAAUGGAACCACGUUUGGAGCCGACUUUUCAACUCUCAACACCACCACCACCACCACCACCACCACCACCACCACCACCACCACCACCACCGCCACCACCACCGCCACUUCGUUUGUCGCGAAUGGCACAGCCGACUCGCUCAUGACGUCCAUGCUCACGGCGGAGGAAGGUCGUCGGCAACAAUCCAUCUUGUUGCAACAGCACCAACACCAGCAGCGCACUGCGAACAGCGGCGCGCUUCGGAACUUUUUGAUUGACUCGCUGUUGAACGAGGGCGUACUGCACAACGCCAUCAUUUCCAUUCUGGGCACUGGCGGUAUGACGAUUGAGCGCCUCUUCCGUGCCAAGAAACUGGCCGAGGCGAAGGCGCUCGAGCGACUGGUCAUCCUCACGCUUCAGUUGCUUGAUCAACUGCUGACGUUCCGCGAUACCGAUGACGCGGGUGCGGUCGCAGACGAUGCGCAAGACGCGGCGGCGGCGACUGGCAACGGCAAGUCGCGACUUCGCCGUGGUCGUCGCACCUCGUCUCAGAUCUCAGCGCUUGAGCAGGCACUCUUCAGCCGUACAAUCGGCCAGGAGGGCUCGAAUCAUUUGAUUGGAGUGAUUGCCAUGUACAUUUUCUACCAGUACAACCCAGCACUUGUGAUGGGAGCAACAAAAAUCAUGCAACGCUUCUGCGAAGCGGCAGCCACCUGGACUCCCAGCCCACCGUCCAUUAUCGGGUAUUUUGGAAGCCAGGCGGAUGUCAUUCGAGAUGGGUUUUACGAUCGCCUCACGUCGCGCUCAGAAACGCCCGAGCUUCGGGUUGCCAUCCUCGACUUCCUCAAGGUCGUCGUCGAGACGCAGCCUGGAUUGGCCGCCUUGUUCUUGGAUUUGGUGCCCGAGCCCGCGCCGAGCGCAGCAACAAGCACCAAGGCACCCGCCGCCGCCGCCGCCGACGACAAGGCUGCUGCUGUUGCUGGUGCUGCUGCGUCAGCCGCUCCAGCACCCGCAACAAACAAGCUCAAAGCUCCUGCAACAGGCCCGGUACGUUUCGCUCUGGGAAAACACAGCUGCCUGAACGCCGUUCUUCGUAUUCUCGAAAACAGCAAGCGAGACCUUGCCGCCAGUCCUCGCCUGGUGUCGGCGGCCGUUGCGCUCGUGCAUUCCUUCUGGGACAAUGCUACCGAUUACUUUGCAGUGCUGAAUGCCUUGCGGCGGCAUGCGUCCUUCUGGAAGAGCAUCACCGAAAUUAUUCUUGCAGACAUUGAUGCCAUGCUUGUUGAUGACAUGAAGGCGGCCUCGCUCUCUGAUCGCAGCACGCUGAAGGACGGCAACGACAUGGACACGUCCUUGGACGUGACCCGCCUGAUUGUUGCCAACGAGCUGUUUGACAGCGAAUCCACUGUGGUGGGCCAUUGCCAUCGUUUGCUCUGCAUUGCUCACGUCAUGCAAAUGCUGGCCCUCGAACUCUACUUUGCCCGUCCAGCUUCGUCGGUCUCUGCAACAUCUGGCUCCAACGUCGAGGCGGCUCAGCAACAGCUGGACCCGGCACUCGUGACCGUUUUGCGUCAGUGCGCCAAAGACGGGCGCUUCACCUCUUGGCUGCGCAAGUUGGGCCCUCCAACUGGCGCCGACCCGGCAUUGCAGUCCUCGCUCGAGACCACUUUGCACACCCUUGCACAGGACACGACCCUGCCAUUGUCCGAAUUCCGCUCUUCGACCAAAUUUGCCGAGUACGGCACGUUGUUUGUGUACGACGUGACCCUGGUGGACAAGAAGCUGUCGGCAGCGUUGGCAGCGGCCAUCCCGACCCCCGACGAGCGUGUGGCCGAUUUCAAGCGCGCCCUGUCGCGGGCCAACCUCAUGUGGUCGCUUGGUGAUGCCCGAUUUGCGCUGCUGCGUUCGUGGAAGACCUUCCUGGAAGCGGGCAUCACGCGUCAACCGUUCGUGUUCAUGGCAGUCCCCGCCGCCACCAACCAUUCGUCAUCAGGCCCACAGUCGGACGCGCUACUUGCUGAUCUUUUGGAAGUUUUGGCUGACAUUCUGGUGCGUCGCUCAGACUCUGCCCAUGGAUUUGUUUUGUGCUCGUCGCUGGCAGAGUUGGCCGACUUGUUGCUCUUGGUCCUGCGAUGCGUCGUUCGCGGGCAUGCUGCCUUGUCGGCCGCGGCCUCAGCCUCGUCGGGCGCGUUUGCGCUGCUCUCGGGCUCCGCCCCAACGUCGCUUCUCGAUGUGAGUGCGUCCAUUCGUCUGGUCUUCCGCUUGGUUGGCACUCUGCACAACAUGGAGAGCAAUCCGCAGCUCAAGCAUUUGCUGGAAAAGCCAAUCUAUGCCGCGCUGUGCGCCACAUUGCAGUCCCAACCUGCCUCCAUCUUGUCGCCCACCGUGUUUGCAACGAUUGCCAUGGCUCCAGCAAUCGCCAAGUUGCCCGCUGCUGAAGGGCGAGAGGCUGAGCGCGAGUUUGCCCACCAGCUCACCGAUUGCGCAGCGAGCUUGCUGCCGCUCGUCACCUCGACCGUGUACAACGCUCUGACGUUCAGCGCAGAAAAUGAGCCCUCGUCAGAGCAGGAGGAGCGCCAACAGCAGCGUCUUCAGAUGCAACGGCAGCAACAGGCCGGGGAGCAGUCGAGGGAGCAGCAGCAAAGUUUCCACGCAUGGCAACAACAACAGCCUUGGCAGCAGCACCAGCAGGCCCAGUCAUCGUCUGCGCGAUGGGCCCAUCGCCAACACCAACCCGCGCCAAUGCACAAGACUCGGUCGCUCUUCCCGCCGCCAGACGCCAUGCCGAUCGCUCGUGACGACCCCCUCCGUCGCACCUAUCGCGACUUGAUCCAUGCAGCCCCCUCAGUACCGCCGAGUGCAUCGUUUGUCAAGACGAUUGCGAGUAGUGCUGGAGCUGAUCGUGCACAUCGAGCCGCUGUCGCCGAGGUGGGCGUUGCUCUACUCUGCGAGCUGUCGCGCCAACUGCCCGACGUUUCUUUGUGGCUGGAGCAUAUUCGUCGACGCGGCCUCAUGCAAACCAUCUUGGCGCACAUGGUCGAAGCAUGCCGAUGCCGCGAGAGCCUGGGCUUUGUCGAAAUUUCCUUGCAUUUGCUCCUCACCAUGACCUGCGUGCCGGCGGCCGCGUCCCUGCUUGCCUCUUCCGGUGUCGUUCACCAUUUAUCCGCUUGUGCGACCGCGAUCGGGGCGGAUGGGUUGAGCACCUUCCCGGAGGCCUACUCGAGCGGCGCUGCUGCUGCCGCAACUCUCUCGUCGUUCCCCGCCGGCAGUGGCAGGGCUGCUUCGAUGGGAGCAAGUUCUGUCACCGCGUCCGGUGAGCGUGACGGUUGGCACAAGGUCUGGUGCCUGCUGCUCAACGUGGUCUCGAGCACGCUGAGCCCGUCAGACUAUCUCGACCAUUUCGUCGACCAAGUGAUUGACUUUGUGGCCGUGUGCCACGCCCGUUUGGUGCUCGUGCUCAAACAGGCAGCGUCUGGGCAGUCGCCGAUUCCCUCGCGAGCAACCGGCCCAACCGUGCUUGGCGGUGCGGAUAUGCUGGGCUCUGACUUUGGUCUCGGUCGCUUUGGCGCUCCGCGCUCUGCCGGCUUGACAAAGGGUCACUUGUGCGAGAUUGAGGCCGUCUCCAUGCUCUUGUGCAGAUUGGCUCCGUUCGAGUCGCGGUGGUCCAAGUCGAUUGGCGUCGGCCAGACCGAGCAGAUUCACGCCGUGCUUGGUGUUCUCCAUCGAUUUUCCUACACGCUCGAUCGACAGCAGCUGGCUUCCGUGUUUCUGGCCGUGUCGCGCGAUGAAAAGGACGCCGCCGUCGCAGCGAGCCCGCCUACAGCUCCUGCAUCAACAUCAUCAUCCAGCAGCAGUGUUCCUCCAGCUGCAACUUCGCCGAGCGCCCGUUUGGGCACUUUGGCCGCUCCUAACGCGACGCAAGCGAGCACCGCUGUCAAUUCGCCUCGAAAAGACGGCCGAGCCGCUUCAUCGUCCGACGCGCAAUCGGUCACUGCGUCCAAGUUUGUGACUGAUUGUGAAGGCGUGCUGCUGAAUGCACUGCGAAAUGUCGUCGUCUUGCUGCGCACCAUUGCUCCGAGCCCCUUCUUUGAGCGGGUACUGUUGGAGCAAGAUCGCGAGUCAGUAUUGCCGCUCGUCACACCGUUUUUCACGGGCAUCACCUCGGAAGACGCAGCGGCGCUUGGCACUCUUGUCGUGUGCUUAAAUGCUUGUAUCAAGAUGAUGAACAAGCUCGCCACGCGUUCCUCUGGGCGAUUGCGCUCGAGCGGCAGCCUUGGCGACAUUCCGGUGCCAGUCGCUUCCACGACGAGUACCUCGACGCUGGCCCUCCCAAGCGCGACACUUCCGCCAAUGACUGCGACGCCCGCUGCUGCUGGAGUGGUCUCCAGCCACAAGCGAGACUUGCUCAUGUUCAUCGCCGAGAAUGCCACUCUCCUCUUGCUCUCUCAGGUCUCAGUGUAUCUGCAAUCGCCCAAUGUGGACGAGCGACUCAAAGCCAAGAUCAAGGCCGAUCUCCACACCGAGUUGACGCUUUUUGAAUCCAUCCUUAAAGGCUCGUCUGGUCGCCACGAUUCUCUGACUGGCAUCGCUUCACCAGCGCCAAACCGACCUGGGCGCCUCACAUCACAAGAGACGGCAUUCUUCCAGUUUGCCGAUAACAUGUUCCGGUCACUCAAGCAGCAGUAAAACUGUGACACCGAAGCUGUUCUCUCGGUUGCCAAAAACCUUCGCCCUUCCCGCUACUUUGAACAUCUCUCCCCCCCUUGCUCUUUGUUAUUUUGACUAAUCGAUUUUUCCCCCCUUGUAUUCUGAAAACCACCUCCAUUCCAAAAAAAAAAAAAAAAAACAACAACAAAAAAAAACUAA